AUGGAUCGCCACGGUGACCCUCCCAAUCGGUCGUACUUAGUGAAGUGGGACACCAAGCCGCUUCAACUGUCUUGGGUAUGGGAAGAACGGCUUGCUGGGUACCCGGAGUUGAAGGACCACGUUGACAAGUGGGUUGCUACUGGACGUCCCGACACGUUCUAUUGGUACGCGGACGAACACUUUGGUGGUGCGGGUGCUUCGGCGACUGGUCGGUGCUUCAUGGAGGCUCUUCACGCGGCGUGUUACCAUCUUGACAACCCAUCGCUCAUUACGGAUGACCACUGGGAACGCUUCGAGAAGCAACACAAGCGCGAGAUGACCUACGGCGUCAAGCGGGAAGAUAUGGCUGAGUUCUUCAAGUUCUAG